AUGCGGCCGCCAUGGCUAGGAUCCUCCCCCCCCGCCGGCGCCGGCAGUCCAUUCAGCACCUCCAGCCCCAGCAACGUGAUUCUAACCACCGGAAGACACGGCGGGUCUAACGGCGGAUUUGGCGGCGGGCUGUUUAACUCCUUGUGGGCGUACGCGCGGCCCGGGCGAUGGUGGCUCGCGAUAUUAAUCAUCUGCGCGUUUCAAGGGGUCUUACUAUGGCACUGGUCGAAUACCUCCGCUAUAGUCUUCCCCGAUCAGAAAAGCGCAUCCGGCGCCGCGAUUGGCGGGAAAGGAGGGUCGCUGAACAGGCAAAGACUAGGCGAUGCUGCCGCGGCCGCCGCCGCCGCUUCUGCGUUCCGGCGGCACCUAAUCAUAGAAUCGCAGGAGCAAACUCAGGACGUCUCCAAUCUCCGGUCGCUAUCCUAUAACCCCACGACCGCGUCGCUCUCCGCAGCGGCCUUAGAGGAAUUAGUUCGCAAAGUAGCGGAAAACGUGUCGCAGCGCAUCGAGUCGCACGAGGCGGUGCUAGUUAAUCUGGGGAUUAAGUUGCUCAACAGAGAGCAGCAGCUGUCUAAGAUCGAUAAACAUUUUCUAGACGCGGCGCUGCUGAAUCGCACGCUGGUGUUCCCAUCGCACGGGCCCGGAGUGGACUAUGACUACGAGCGCCUGUUGGAUAUGGAGGCGCCCAGGCGGUGCUUUGGCAACCAGACGUUUCUUACUCUUGACGAAUACGCUGCCAUUCAGGAGGCCAAGGUGGGUACUGUAGGGUGUGCCAGGGUUGGGAGCGGUGAAAAGCCUGGCAGAGGUUUGCAGGAUGCUGCGGUGCUGGUGAGUGAGUGGCACGCUGGUGUUCCCAUCACACCGGGCCCGGAGUGUCCAGAGGAUUUCCGGACAGCAGCUGAGGUGGUGGUGAGUAGCAGGGUGGUGUUCCCAUCACACGGGCCCGGAGUGGACUAUGACUACGAGCGCCUGUUGGAUAUGGAGGCGCCCAGGCGGUGCUUUGGCAACCAGACGUUUCUCACUCUCGAUGAAUACGCUGCCAUCCAAGAGGCCAAGAACCCCAAGAGGAGAAAGAGCGCACCUGUGAUGGUGGUGGACGUGUUCAUAUGCCACGUGCACCACUAUCAGACGGAGAGAGAGUGCGGUUACAUCCGACAACGGUACCAGCAGCUGCACAUCCACUUUGCUAAAACAGUCAUUCCAGAGAAGCGCACGCCAAGCCCCUGGUUCAAGUACCCCUCCAAAGAGUUCAUCUCCCUCUUUAACUACGAUGAUUCGGUCAUCGCCUUCGGGAACAUGUUCGGCGUGAGCGGGCAGGAUUUACGCUUUCACCAUGCCCGCCCGCUCGUGGUGCUGCCCGGAUGCAAAUACUACAUCAUGCCCUCACCCAUGGUUCGCCAGGCCGCUGCUGGGUUUAUCAACUCCUACAUCGGCAGCAGCACCAGCAGCAGUGAUAACAGCAAUGCAGGUGGUGAUGCUGCUGGUGGGGGUGUUCGGGCUGCUGGUGAUGGUGGUGCUGGUGGAACCGGGGGUGGUGGGUUCAUGGCAUUGCACAUGAGACGAGGCGAUUUCUACCAGCAUUGCGUCAACAUGAAGGGGCAUUCCAAGUUCGCCUGCUACCACCCGAUCCGCCAGCUGGCGGCGUGUGUGGCGCGGCGAUUGGACGAGAACCCGGGGGUGCGGGCGAUUUACCUCUCGACCAAUGGGGAUGAUGAUGAGGUGAGAAUGUUCCGGGAGUUUCUCGCGUUUGAACGGGCGAGACCGCGGAAAUACGUCGUAAAUGGGACGACGGAGGAUGGACGUGUGGGGAGUGUGGUUCGGGUGCGAGGGGGGCGCUCGGGGCUGUUUUCUUCCGAGCCUGUUCCGGUGGUUCGGAUGUCGAUUAAGAGCCUGGAGACGCAGCCUUGGGCCGAGCCUCUGGUGCAGGCUGGGGCGCAUAACGACAGUGUGGUGAUUUCGUAUGUGGAGAAGGCUAUAUCGGAGGGGGAAGGGGAGGCCGCGGGGGAGGCGGUCGGGGGGGCUACGGUGGAAGAGGGGGAAGAGGCGGAGGCGGAAGGGGAAGAGGCGUAUGCAGAUUCUGGCUGGAGGGCAACUGUAGAAAAGGUGAAAGUUGCGACUAUCUACAUACUGAUUCAUCUGGCGGGGGUGGCGGGUUCGGCGGAGGGGGAAGAGGCGGAGGCGGAAGCAGGGGAGGGGGAGCUGGCUGGGGGGGACAGGGGUGGGGUGGAGGCGGAGGUGGCGGAGGCGGGGGAGGGGGCACGGUUUUGGGCAGGCGGAAUGCGGACAGUCAGGGGGAUGGGGGAGGGUUUGGUGGUGAGCGGUGGGGAAGGCAAAGAGCAGGCGGAAGAAGCGGGGAGGGCGUCAGAGCGCGGCUCGGUGACGGGGGAGGCGGAGGGGGAGGGGGAGGCGGAGGUGGGGAGAGGCGCAUUGCGAGGCGGAAGGCGUGCAAGUUCUGGCUGGGGGGAAGCUGCAACCGGCAUAACUGCAAUUUCUUGCACGCCCACACGACAGCUGCUGACGUGGAGAUGA